CCGGUGGCUGGGGGCGGCCGAGAGAGGAAAGGAAGGAGCCGAACGCGGAAGUGGUGGCGGCGCCCUGGGGAGCGGGCGGAGACGGUGACCACGGAGCCCGGGCGUCGAGGAGGGGCGGGGGUUGGCCGGAAGCCCUGGGCCGUGUGGGGACGACGACACGAGAUAUGCCCAGAAAGCUCCCAGAAGAAAUGCCCUCUCAGAAAAACUGAAAAAGCAGUACUUGUAACACUGAAAAUUGUAGAUUAUUUGUAAAAAUGGCAGAAAGUAGUGAAAAUAAUAGUAAAAGUGUAGAUGUCAGGCCUAAAACAAGUCGGAGCAGAAGUGCUGACAGAAAGGAUGGUUAUGUGUGGAGUGGAAAGAAGUUAUCUUGGUCAAAAAAGAGUGAAAGUUGUUCAGACGCUGAAACAGUGGAUGUUACAGAGAAAACUGAAGUUCCUUUGAGGAGCCAAGAAAGAAAUCACAGCUGUUCCUCCAUUGAGUUGGACUUGGAUCAUUCCUGUGGGCAUAGAUUUUUAGGCCGAUCUCUUAAACAGAAACUGCAAGAUGCUGUGGGGCAGUGUUUUCCAAUAAAGAACUGUAGUAGUCGGCACUCUUCAGGGCUUCCAUCUAAAAGAAAAAUUCACAUAAGUGAACUCAUGUUAGAUAAGUGUCCUUUCCCACCUCGAUCAGAUUUAGCCUUCAGAUGGCAUUUUAUUAAGCGACACACUGCUCCUAUAAGUCCGAAAUCGGAUGAAUGGGUAAGCACAGACUCAUCUCAGAGUGAGCUGAGGGAUACUCAGCUAAAACAGAGAAGAAACAUGGAAGAAGACAUACACUGCUUGUCACAUGCCAGCGUUCAGCCUUGUGUCGUAACUACCAACAGUGCUUCAUGCGGAGGUGGUCCUAGUACUGGCUCCAUGAUGAACCUGGUUUCAAAUAGCAGCAUAGAAGAUAGUGACAUGGAAUCAGAUGAUGAGAUUAUAACACUUUGCACAAGUUCCAGAAAAAGAAACAAACCCAAAUGGGAAUUGGAUGAUGAAAUCCUACAGUUGGAAACACCUCCUAAGUACCACACCCAGAUUGAUUAUGUCCACUGUCUUGUGCCAGACCUCCUUCAGAUCAAUAACAAUCCAUGCUACUGGGGAGUUAUGGAUAAAUACGCAGCUGAAGCUCUCUUAGAAGGAAAACCGGAGGGAACCUUUUUACUUCGAGACUCAGCACAGGAAGAUUAUUUGUUUUCUGUUAGUUUUAGACGCUACAGUCGUUCUCUUCAUGCUAGAAUUGAACAGUGGAAUCACAAUUUUAGCUUUGACGCACAUGACCCUUGUGUCUUCCAUUCUCCUGACAUUACUGGGCUCCUAGAACAUUAUAAGGACCCAAGUGCCUGUAUGUUCUUUGAACCACUUUUGUCAACUCCUUUAAUUCGGACUUUCCCUUUCUCCCUGCAGCAUAUUUGCCGAACAGUCAUUUGUAAUUGUACAACUUAUGAUGGCAUUGAUGCCCUUCCAAUUCCUUCUCCUAUGAAAUUAUAUCUGAAGGAAUAUCAUUAUAAAUCAAAAGUUCGAGUACUCAGAAUUGAUGCACCAGAACAACAAUGCUAAUUAGGUAGGGAUGUGAGAAUAAUUUUUAUACCUAUUGUCAUUUAAUAUUUUAUUUUAUUGUGCCUCCUUGAAUUUUCCUACAAAGGUAAUUGGAGUGCAAAAUAAAACUCUGCCAUAAGUUUUAA